UUUAUCAUUGCAUUCAGUAGAUGAAUUAGGAAAUAAGAAAUGAAAAUGCAUAAGUAAAUGAAGCCUUUCGCAUUUUCAGACAAAUCUCUUUUCUCUCCCGACACAUCUAUCAAAAGAUGUUUAUAGUGUUUCGUAUAUCUUGCCGUUGGAACUUGUCACUUAUUUACAGAAAGCGUGGAUUAUCGCGUUGAGAGGCUUUGAUUAUCGACACGAUAGCGGUUUUCGUGCAGGCUAAAAUGGCCGAAAACGUACACCUAUCGAUCGGCAGUAUUCGGCCGACUCUUGUGCGUUGAACUUCCUUGAAAAGUGCACAACACACGGCUCCUAAGGGUGACCAGAUCCUCGCGGAGAAACGAAGAGGCAUGUUUCUCAAAGUUGCGAAGGAUGUGUCGCGAACACUCGCGAAAGUCUACAGAGAAUUUUCGAUGGAAUCGACGAUACAUGGACUCAAACAUACGACCUUAGCAAGAACCAAGUUGGAGAGAUCAAUUUGGGUGGUUAUUCUGCUGUUAUCUUUCAUGGCUGCUGGACGAAUGGCAAGCUUAUUUUAUGAGAGACACCAAUCUGCGAGCAUGAGCACCCUAAUGAUCAGCACGCAAUAUCCGACAUCCAUGUUGGAAUUGCCAGCGUUAACAUUGUGCCAUGAUGGUAUCGCGAUGACGCACAAGGUGAUCCCUUACUUGACAUCGCAAAAGCGGAUAUACAUGCCACGUGGGCUGACGCGCUCCGACUUUGAGGAGUCCCUCAAGUACUUACGGGAGGCGAUCUAUCCCAAGAAUCAUUUCCCCGACGAGUUGGACCAACUGCAGCAGAUCCUCUCGGCGAACCGGCUGUCACUGCUGGAUCUAUUCGAGAACGUGAAUCCGAAUUGCAGUGACUUCCUGCUGAUGUGUCAACUCGAAGGACAGACUGUACCUUGUUCGAGACUGAUUGAGCCGGUGGUCACUUAUAAUGGAAUCUGCUGCGCUUUCAAUUACGAGUUUUCCAGCGAGGGCUUGCAGAGAUCCACGAAGCUCCUGAAACAGCGUAAGAGUGCAAAGGUUGGCUCGCACUUUGUCCUGUCUCUGCUUAUGCAAUCGUAUUCGUCGGAGGACCGCGUGGCCUCCAUCACGUAUGGCGACGGCGUGAAGGUGAUCGUGCAUGAGAGGAGCACAUAUCCGUCGCCAAAGGCCGUGGAGUUCAUGGCAGCGGCAGGCCAUGAGACGAUAGCGCAAUUGGACGGCACUUUGCUGACCAGCACAUCCGACGUGCUGGAACUGUCUGCUCGCGCACGAGGAUGCUCCACGGGCGCAAACGGGCCGCAGCACCGGCCGUAUCGUUCUGACAAUUGUCAGGUCGAGUGCCGCGACUCCGCCGUAUGGAAGCUCUGCAACUGCUUGCCAUUGUCGGCGGCACCCGCUGUCACAGACGCGGAACGCGCCCGUCAACCCUGCGACCUCACGCACGUCUCAUGCCUGGCACGAGCCGUGCUGCGGACAUACCCCGUGGUCGAGCAGGACCCACGAUGCACUUGUCUGCCAGACUGCGAAGGCACUUCGUACAGAGUAGCACUCGCGAGCGCGCCCUUGAACGCGGCGCAGUACAAUCCGCAACCGUUUUAUAAGAAGGUUUUGCAAUACGAAAACGUAACCGCGCUCCACCUUACGUUCGCUGGGCAAAUGGCGAUGCUGCAGCAGAGGAAAUUAGUGCUGUCUAACAUAAACCUCUUAUCAUCUCUGGGCGGCGUUUUUGGCUUGUUCUUAGGAUGCAGCAUAAUCUCGAUCAUCGAGAUUCUAUAUUUCUUCUGCAUCUCUUUUGUUGGCGAAUUUAAAGAGAUCAGAAGACAAAGAAAUACUGGUGAAGUGAAUAAUUGAACAGAGGAUCAAUGGUAAGGAUUAAUUUAAAAGAGACAAAUUAAAUGAAGAACUAUGAUUAAUUAACAAAAUCAUCUUAAUCUUACUCCUUU